UUAUAUAUAUUAAACGACCGGGCGGAUGUAAACAAUUGUCAGUCAGUUUCGAGCAGCUCCUAAGAGAGGACUUCUGCGGGAAGGAUGAAAUCCCGAUGGAGCACAGUGGUAACUAUCCUGCUGAUAGUUCAGUUCCAAUCAUUUGUUAUCGACGCAAAAGCUGUCAUCGACCAAAAGGCAGAAGAAACGCUUAAUAUCAACAUACCAGAGCAAGUGCAGAAGCGUAUCGGUUAUGACUAUCCAGCUCCUGCUGAACCUAUAACGUUCGACGAGCAUCAGCAUCAUAUUGCGGACCCAGUGCCUCUGUUGCAUCAAGAAACUUUGAUCGAAGAACACCAUCACGAUCACGAAGAAGAACACCACCAUUACGAAGAUCACCACCACCACGAAGAACAUCACGACCCAGGCUAUUGGAAGAAGAAGCUGACCUGGAAGGAAGGCUGGAAAAAGAUAUGGAAACCUGGAAAGAAACAGGUUUGGAAACCUGACUGGAAGAAAAUCUGGAAACCGAUCUGGGUGCCGACGGAAAUACCGGUCUGGAAGGAUAUUCAGGUUCCGGCGUGGAAACAAAUUUGGAAGCCUGUGUGGAACGAGAUUCAGGUGCCGGCAUGGAAGGAGAUACAGGUGCCCGAUUGGAAGAAAAUUUGGAAACCAAUCUGGGUACCGAUAAAGGUGCCGGCCUGGAAGGAAAUACAGGUCCCUGCCUGGAAGCAGAUUUGGAAACCGGUGUGGAAGGAGAUACAGGUGCCAGACUGGAAGGAGGUUCAGGUGCCCGCUUGGAAGCAGUACUGGUAUCCGGAAUGGAUCAAAGUAGGUGUCCCCGGAGAGAAGUAUCUCGGCAAAGAUCAUGACGGCUGGGAGUAUACCAGCCACGAUCUGUGGAAGAAAAAGCUGGUGUGGAAAUCUGGAUGGAAGAAAAUUUGGAAAACCGAACAGAAGCAGAUCUGGCGCACCGAUAAAAAACUGGAAUGGAAAUCGGCCUGGAAACAAAUUUGGCAUUCCGCCAAGAAGCAGGUCUGGGUUGAGGACAAAAAGCUCGGCUGGAAGGAAGCGUGGAAGCAAAUAUGGCGUACGGAGAAGAAACAAAUUUGGGUACCGGAAAAGAAGCUUGACUGGAAAGCCGCCUGGGUGCAGGUGUGGAAGCCCAGCAAAAAGCUAGUGUGGGUGCCGGACAAGAAACUCGAAUGGAAAGAAGCUUGGAAACAAAUAUGGGUGCCCGAUUGGAAGCAAAUUUGGUUGCCGGCCUGGAAAAAGAUCUGGAAGCCGGUUUGGAUAUCCGAGUGGUUCCCCUCGCCCGAUCACCACGAUCAUCACCAUCAUCACGAAGAGAUCGAGCACGGUUGGGAUCGAAAUGAUGGCACGAACCCGAAGGUGUUGUUCAAGCGCAGUGAAGCAGCAACUGCACAACCGAAGACUGCGGAAGGUCAACUUCCGAAGGUGUCUGCAAACAUAACACCGGCAGUGGUCAAAACAGAUAGCACAGAAAACAAAUCUGAUUUUCGGUUUCCUUCCUAAUCAUUCAGUCUGCGGAUUGCAACAUUGUUAGGCUAUUGAAACACAGUCAGUUUAUUUUUAGACAACAUGUUACACUACAGAGUAUUUAAUUUUUAAUGCAAUAUUUUUUAGCAAAAGACGAUAAUCUAGUUCCCCUCAUCAGUACAGUAAAUGACACUACUUUUGAUUUGUUAUCGUUAUCUGCCAUUUUAGUAAAAUAUCUGGUGCGUCAGGAUCAACAUGAUCGUUUUAAAUGCCCGAAUGUAGGUGCUAUUAUAAGGCAUACGAUAAAAGUAUUUAAGAGAAAAUAAAAAAAUGU